AUGGCUUUCCCAGUAGUAGCUUCUUCUUCUGUCAUUACCCGUCCAUCUUCUUUCGAUGUGUACUUGAGCUUUAGAGGUGAAGAUACCCGCAACAAUUUUAUUGCUCAUCUAUUCAAGGCUCUAGAUCAAAAGGGAAUCUAUACCUACAUGGAUGACAAACUCGAAGGAGGAGAAGAAAUUUCACCGGCUCUUCUCAAAGCCAUCAAAGAGUCGAGGAUUGCAAUUAUUGUACUCUCUGAAAACUAUGCAGCAUUCACAUGGUGCUUAGACGAGCUGAAGGAAAUCCUUGAGUGCAGAGAAAAAAAUCAACAAACUGUUCUGCCAGUAUUUUACAAAGUACUUCCCUCGAACGUAUGA